GAAGAGCAGAAGUAAAAUGAAGCUUCAGUUGAUAAAGAUUCUCUUUACCUUCACUCUCUACCUAAUAUCAGGUCCAGUGGGCUGUGUUGAUGUGAUUGGUUAUUCAGGAGGAAGCGUCAUUAUAAUCUCUAACCUAGUGGGAAGAGAAAAAAGUAAAUAUCUUUGUAAGGUGGAAAACAGAGAGUGCAAAGAAAUAAACAGUAUAAAGACUGGAAAGAAUCGCAUUCAAGAGGAAAAAUUCAUCCUUUAUGAAAACACACAGGGAUUUUUGACAGUGUUUAUCAGAAAGCUGAAGCCACAGGAUGCUGGAACGUACACCAUGGGAGUGGGAACUUUGAAGACUGAUGUAAACCUGAAAGUUCUUAAUGAUUCUUGUUGUGUGGGGCCAAAAAUAACGAACGCUUUCCGAGGACAGAACAUCACCUUCACCUGUAACUAUCCAGCGGAGUAUAAGGAACACAAGUAUAUCGAGAAAAUUGAUAAUGACAGAGUUGUUAAAGGGAUUCUUAAUACUGGAACACCACCUCAAAAUGGCAGAUUCUACAUUUCUAAUGACAGACGUGCUAAAGUUCUCAGUGUGAACAUCAGUGAUGUGAGUGAAGAUGAUGAUGGCUUUUAUUUAUGUGGAGUGCAUAAGCGUGUUUUUCCUAUAGGAUAUUUCUCCUACUUCUUAGAGGUUCAGCUACAGGUUACAGCCAGCACCUUCAUGAUGACAUCAGCAGCACCAACAGGGAUCUCAUCUCAUGUAGGGCAUUCAAUUUCUUUUUAUGUCAUCAUCAUCAGUGCGUGUGUCUGUGUGGCUCUGUUGCUGAUUGGUGGAUUUGCACUAAUAAUUCACAAACGGAGAAAUAAGAAAAUACUAGGUUCAACACCUUCAUCUAAACGUGAUGAAACGGUUUCCCCUGCUGCUCGUGUCUAUGAGGAGAUUAAUCACGACAACCACGUUUCUGCCUCAGACACUGACAUUUAUAUGACUGCAUCACCCCCUAACCCUGAUAAAGAGAUCUUCUUCACAGAACAACUACCUCAAGACCAAAAUCUGACUUACAGCACUGUGAGUUUUCAGAAGAAUCUAGACGAUGAUUCAGUGGCUUUCAGUAAGGAGGAAUCUUCCACUGAAUACGCCACUGUCCAACAUCAACCAAGACUGGAAUAAUUUUAUUAUGUUUUCAGCAAAAUAUGAAUUAUACAAUUUCUUACAUACAAUUAUAUAAACAGCACAUAAAUAUUAAAUACUAAAAUGUAAUAUUUUUUGUAAUCAAUAUUUUUAUUUGCAGUUUUGAACAUGUGAUUGUAGUAAAAUAACACGUUAAUACCACCUGGUAUGAUAUUAAAGGUAUAAUUUUCUAAUAUACACAUAAAUUUGCUUAAUGUUUUGAUUUUAAUUGAAUUUUAAGGUAAAUUGCUGGCUCAAUUAAAUUUUUUUGUUUGUUUAUUCAGUGCGUGUCUUCUAAAUUUUGAAGAACACAAUGUUACCUGUUGUCUCAACAAAUACCACUGUAAGAAGUUUGUCCAACAAUACUAUAUUAAUUCAUUCAACAUACAUAUCUAUUUGGAUUUUUUUUUUUUUACAGUGUAGAUGUAAGCAGGUAAAAACAUGUGUGUGUACUGUAUGUUUCUCUCUGAUGAACUGGUAUCCUAUCAGGGUGUAUUUCCAAAUGUUCCUAGGAUAGACUUCAGAUCUACUGUGACCCUGGCCGGAAUGAAUUUACAAAUGAUGCAUUGAUUAAAUUAUAUAAAUGAAUGAACAUUUGGGAAUUUUAUUAGCUAUGCUUUAUAUAGCAUGCAAUUAUAAUUAAAUAAUAAUCUGCUUUGGGACAAUGCCAAUUGUUAAAAGCGCUAUACAAAUAAAAAUUAAAUGAAUGAAUGAAUUAUGUUAUUCAAUUGUUAUUUUCUUUAUCCCAGAUUCUGCCUUUGUUUCUUAUGUUACUGAGCAUUGUGUUUGUUGUAACUUUUGCUCUGUAAUCUAGUUUGUAUAUUAAAUAUCUUGCAUUUAUGUUGGGUUCUCUUAGCAUUCCCUGUCAAGCCUUGUUUUUACUUACAGUAUUUUGUAUUGUUGUUCUUGCAUUGUCUGGUUGC